AGUGACGUCACCUCGGCGACGUGCGUCCUCUUUCCGUUUGACCACAUUUGGGAAUGCCUUUUUGGAAUUGACUUUAGUUCAAUAAAACAUUUUGCACCAAACAUGAUUGGCCAGCCUCAUGGCUUUCGAGCAAGUGAUCAGUGUGCGACGAAAGGCCAACAGGAAGCCAGUCCCGCCGAUGUCACCCACAAGCGCUGCCGCGAUGACAUGCCACCACUUUCGGCGGGAGCGUGCGCAGCUUCGCAGACGUGCCGGCUUCGCAGACGUGCCGGCUCGCUGGAGCGGCGGCGCCGCCAUCCGAGAUGGCCAGACCGUGACGACGAGCGCUGAAGAGGAGGAGGCGGCGCACUUGGAAUGGGGAACUCGUCUUUCCCAGGUCGAGAGAAGAGAAAGAAUCCCAUGAUCUCCGCCAGUGAUGCCGAAUUCCCGCCGGCCGGAUCUCGGGGGGGCCGGCGCUCCACCGCCUCCCCGUCAACGCCAUCCUCCUCGCCAAAGCGGGCUCGCGACGCGGUCGACGGCCCGGAGGCCCUACGCGGCGUCUGCCGGGAGGUGUCGGCGGGAGCCACAGCCGGAGGACGACAGCCGCAAGCUAACUACUGGAGCUUCAAGAGUCGGACACCGCGCCCUGGCGGCCCGAGCCCACCGCCGCCGCCGUCGGCAGCCAGCAGAGGCUCCUCGCCACCGUCCGCCGAGCACCGGGGCGCCAUGUCGGACAGCGAGCUUCCUGCCGCCUUUUGCCGCACAAGCAGACUGCGACAGAGUCUCCCGCUGGCCCGAUCCUCGGCCAGCCAGUCCAAGCCGCACGCGCCAGGCAUGCUGUUCCUGCAGCUGGGGGAGGAGACUCGGCGCGUACACCUGACGCACGAGCUGAGCAGCCUGGACACCCUGCGAGCGCUCAUCGUGCACAUGUUCCCUCAGCGGCUCAGCAUGGCCACGCUCAGGUCUCCCAGCACGGCUCUGCUCAUCAAGGACGAGAACCGCAAUGUCUUCUACGAGCUGGAGGACCCGCGGGACGUGCAAGACCGCUGCGUCAUCAAAAUCUACUGCAAGGAGCCCGUCUACGGGACCUACCCGGGCCAGCGCCACAACUCGCCCUUGCAGCUGGCCAACGGAGAGAUCAGGCCCCUCCAGCGCGAGAUGGUGUACACCCCCCAGGACUCGCCCCCCAGCCGACGCCUGGGUGGGGCGGCGCCGCCCAUGUCCACCUCACAGCAUCGCUCCGCCUCAUCCUCGCCGCCUCAGGCCUUGCGGACAAGGCUACUCUACGGCGGCGGCCGCCCCACCUCCUACGCCGGUCCGGCAGCCCACCAUCAUGGCGUGACGCUGGGCCACCACUCGCCCCACCUGCCGCCGCCCUCGGCGGCCUUUGGCACCUCCCCCAGCGCCAUCCUGGAGCGUCGCGAUGUGAAGCCGGACGACGAAGCGGGCGGGCACCGCGGCGUGAUGCUUUUGCGGGCCGACGAACGCGGAGGGGGCGGCAUCUAUAUGGCUCCCUAUUCCGUGGGCGGCGAGGCCCGCUUAGGGCUUACCGGGGCGCCGCCUUCGCCACUUACCGGCCGGAGUGACCCGUACGGCUCCUUGUACCGGCGAGGAGCGGGCGGGACGGUGUGUUCCCUGAUGGAUGGUGGGGGCGGCGGUGGCCUAUACAGGGCUGGUGGCGGCGCCCUUUACAACGACACCUACGCGCCGUCCAUGUUGAGCCUGCGAGUUGCGCCGCCCUCCUCGCCGCAGAAAAUUGCAGACGCGCGCGAGGCCUACGCCAGCACACUGCCCUCCCGCGGCUCCCCUGCCAGGGCCGAGCGCCGUCGCGACUCCGUGAUGUCAUCCGUGGGUGCCGACAGUCCCGGGGCUCGGGGGCUGACCUCAGAACAGCUGUGCCUAUUGGCGGCAGCAGCGGGAGGCGCCGGGGGCGAAGUCCGAGGAGAUGAGAGUGAGACCAGGGAGCGGAUGGAGGUGAUGGAGAAGCAGAUUGCCAGCCUGACAUGUCUGCUGCAGCGAGUCCUCAGCAGGGUGCCCCAAGACCACAGUCCGGAUAAAAUGGAGUCAGCCAGCGACGGCUCAGGCACAGAUCCUGGACCUGCUAAACAAAAGAAAGCCGUGACCCCGUCUGGCCCCCUGGCGCUGAUGCCGCCGCCGCUCCCGCCCGCCGACGCCGCCAGCCAGCCGCUGACUGUGUCCCGCUUGCAGAUGCAUCGCCACCUGCUGGGCCUGCAACAGAGCACCAAUGCGCUGCGGACGCAACUCUCGCAGCUGCGCAACAUGCAGCUGGAGAAUCAGGAUUGUGUGUUGGCGCUGCUGAGGAAGACAGAGGCAGAGCUUAAUGUGCUGAUGCAGGACGCUGCGCGUGCACAAGAGGAUCCCCUGCAGCGGCAGCGCCUUCUAGUGGAGGAGGAGCGCCUCAAGUAUCUCAACCAGGAGGAGACGCUCGUGCACAAGUUGCACGACCUGGAGCGGUGGGUGGAGGAGCUGCAGGAGAACAAGUCGAGCGCGGCCGGGCUCCCGGUGAGCCAGCGGGACCUCCGACAGAAAAUGCAGGAGCUCAAAAUGCUGGCCGACAAGCUGGGCAGCCUCAAGAGCCAGUUCCCGGGCCUGCAGAGCAAGAUGCGCGUGGUGCUGCGCGUGGAGGUGGAGGCGGUCAAGUUUCUGAAGGAGGAGCCUCAUCGUCUGGACGCGCUGCUGCAGCGCUGCAACAACGUCGGCGACACGCUGGGCGCGCUUCGGAGGCAGGCCAGCGAGAAGGAGCAGCAGGAAGAGGCGGGCGGCGGCGGCUCGUCGCAAACGAGCUCUGCCCUCAGCCUGACGGAGAGCGACGGGCGGACAGCGCUCUGCGCUGCCGAGCCUCCGCUCACCUUCCGAAGUCGCGCCGGAGCUGAGAAGAUUGUGAACGCGCACGUGUCAGCUGAUGUCACGCUGGCGGCGGAGCGCGACUGGGCCCAGAGGCGCGCCAGCCUGACGCAGUUCAGCGCUCAGGACAUCAACCGGCUGCUGGAGGAGACACAGGCCGAGCUCCUGAAGGCCAUUCCCGACCUGGACUUGGCUGCCAAGACCGUCACCAAACCGGCCGUGCCCCCCAAACCGCAGAUGGCCCCAGCUAGCGAUCUGCAGCCGCCGGGCAAGGUGCAGCUGGCGGCGCAGAAACUCAACAGCAUGGAAGCGGCGGCCACUUCCCAGCGAGGCUCAGUGGACGUGGGCGUGUCCCGGUGCCGCGCGGACAAACCAGCCAAGUCUCCGCCGCCGCCGCCUCGCCGGAGCUUCCCGUCGCCACUCGGCGCCGGCCGCGGCGCCGACGACGACGGCAAGAGCAGCAAGAUGGAGGACAACGAGGCGCCCGUGGCUCUGCUCAGGCCGAGGCGGGCCACCCCCUCGGACGCAGCCCGCCCCGCCUCCACGCCGCCCGGGGGCCUUGGAGACAAGCAGAAGGAGGUGCUGGGCGGUUCAACGGUGGCGGCUCGCCUCAAACAUUUGGAGUCCAAAGAGGAAGUGCGAGCCUUGGCGGGAGGCCAGCAGCAGGUAUUCCACUUCUAGGAGCCUGCCGCAAGAAGGAAGACGGUUGGCCUCCUUCCCCUCCUCCCCUUCUUUUGUGCAAUAAGCCACUUGCCGCCUGUACUUUGAAAAGCCGGCCGGCCGACAAGCGCCGUAAAAUUACUGAGCGAGGAAGGACCCGCAAGCGCAAAGGAUCCCCAUUGGCCAUUUACCCCUGGCUCGCUCACUUGUUUCCAAUCAUUUGCAUGACAAUUCAUUUGUGGUCACGCCACGUGGGCCAACACCAAGGAUCCCCCCCCCCCCCGAUUUAGUGUAGAACGUGUCCGUGUUGUGCUCCCCAGAAGAAGACAAAUGCCAUCUAUGUUUUCUACUUGUUUUCUAUUUUUAUACGCAUCGAGUGUGUCGAUUAUUUUGACGGCGGUGGACCGUGUCCCACCCCCCAUUUUUGAGCUGUUCCCCGCCCGGCAUGGCGUCCAUCUGUUGAGUCGAUCAUCUCAGUCGGUGGCAUGCAAAGUGUAGACAAAGUGCACGUGGACGACUUGUCAUCCUAAUGAAAAUGCAAAUGUGAA